UUCCACAUUCCCACUUCUCCUUCUCUCUCUCUCUCUCUGUGUCUCUCUCACUCUUCCAGGUACACGCCCUUUGACUUGUCAGGGGGAAAAGUUUUAAGGAAAGAAAAAAAAAAGUCUAAAUCACGGAAGAGAUUCUGCUGCUGUCCUACUAGUUUGGCAAGUUUUCUCUGCUCUCAAAGCGGCGUAGAAAAGGCGGAGAAGAGGGCAGAAACUCCACAUUUGCGCACAUUUAUACACUACAGACUAUAUACGAGAGAGCAGUCAUGGAGUCUGCUGUUCAGACCAUGGUGAAGGUCUUCCUGAAGUCGACCAAAGGAAAGGAGAGUCUAGGAAAGAGUCAAUUCCAGAGCCUUGUGAAGAACCAGCUCUCCAACGUCCUCUCGGACACAGACAGUAAAGAGGCAGUCAACAACAUGGGUCAAGGACUGGACGCCAACCAAGACGGCAAGGUCGGCUUUGAGGAGUACUUGAAGCUGGUCGGCUACCUGGCGACCUCGCUCAGCGAGCAGCGCAGCCUCGCCAAAGAGGAGCCCGCCCAGAACGCCGCGUCCGGACAAGUGGCACAAAGCACCCCGGACAAAGUGGAGGAGGUGAAGCCAGAGGCGAACAACGCAGAGGCGAAGGCGGAAGCAAAGCCAGAAGCGAAUGAAGGGCCGAAGCUAGAAGCAGUUGCUGGUGGCAUAAAGGUAGAAGAAAAUGUCAUGAAGGUAGAUAUAAAGUCAGGCGGUGAGACGCUGCUCGAGGUGGCGAAGGAGGAGGUGAAGCCAGCGGCGGCGGCAGCGGCAGAAGCACCAGCAGCAGCAGCAGCAGCGGUGGUGGCGGCGGGAUCGGUGGCGGCGGGAUCGGUGGUGGCGGCGGGAUCGGAGGUGGUGGCGGCAGCGGAGGAGGCGGUGGCGCCCGUGGAAGUGGCCGUGAAAGAAGUGGGGGAUGAAACAGAAGAGUGUGUGGAAGCUGCAGAGAAUCUGGCUGCAGGCUUGCAGGAAGACGUAGAGAAGAAGAUAGAGGAGGCGACCUCAUAGGGGACAAUCCAUCACGAAACAAAAUCACACUACACGAUUAUUACAUUCAACACUACACACAACAUUAAUGCCAAAAUAAGUAUAAGCCACUAAAGAUUUUUUUUUUUUCCCCAAAUGCACACAACUUUGAAGUAAAAAAAAAACAGUAAAAGUCCAAACACUACAAACCCCAGCUCCAUUCCUCAUAUAAAAUAUGAUAAAUAACACAUGUACAUGACAGUAGAAGCAUUGCUUUGUACUACUAUAGUUACCACUAUGUUCAUAUGUACAGCAUGUGCAUCCCACUAUAUAGCACAUUUACCUCAUUGUGAUAAUAUACUAUGAUAGCAUGCAGACGUACACUAUCAUAUGCAUGCCAUAUCCCUGUGAAAGUUUACUGCAAAAUAUGAAUUGACCUGCAGCAGCACAUUGACACACGUGACCAAAGUGUCACUGCAGCCAUGAUGUUAAAGUUUUAAUACCGUCCUCUUCCCCACCACGUUUAUCUUAUCCCCACUUAUCUUCAACUCCUUUACACAUAUUGGUCCUUGGUAAAACUAUAUAUAUGACAGUAUAUAUCUUGCUAAGCACUAAUGGCUUCAAGGAAUAGUUCGAUAUUUUGGGAAAUAUGCUUAUUAGCUUUCAUCCAUUGAGUGUGAAGCUACAGCCAUUAACUUUAGCAUAAGGACUGGAAACAGGGGAAAACAGCUACCAUGGCUCUCUCCAAGAUAUAACGAAAGUGGUUCCAAUUUUCUCAGCUAACUCUCAGCAAGAAAGCUAAUAAUUUCCCUGAAUGUCAAACUAUUCCUACAACGGCUGCAUGGAAAUCUGACAAUAACACUAUAUCAUUUUUUUUUUUUACAUUUUACAUUCUCGUCUUUUAACACAUCACAGUGCUAUGGAGCUGAUUUGGCAUGACAAUAAACACAUUGUUUUGCUGAAGAUUUGCAUUUACUUCAAACCAUUUUUAAUUGUGUGCUCACUCAAUGCCCACAUUUCUCUCUCUCUCUCUCUCCUUCUAGUCCACUUUAUGGGCUGUCUCUUUCAUUUCUGUAAUUCCCAGAGAGGUUCACUUCCUCCAGUAUAUAUUCUCUUCACACGUAGUCAGUCAUGGAUUGGGAACUGGAAGAUCUCGUGUGGCCUUAUAGGCUAAAUAAUUAAGGGUCCAAGAGUGGAAUGGACACCAAAGGGCCCUUACCUUCAAUAGGGAGCCCAAAAUAGUCCCAUGGGAGUGGGUUGGUGACUAGAGGAGUCGGCCAGAGAAGGUGCUCAUGCAACCUAAUCCAUCUGGAUUAGAACUGGCAGAUAACGGGUGUCACUUGGUGGCAGUUUUUAUACUUUACGAUACAAUUAGUUAAUUUUUAUUUGUUGUGUUUCUUGCACACCGUAUGACAUUUCCAUGGUUAUUGAUCCAUAAAUGUGCUGGAUAUCUGAAGGGACCCCUGGUAGCACUGGAUUGGAGUGACAAAAAAAGUGGCUCUCAUUAAAAUUGCUAAUUGUUGCUUGUUGUGUUCUGCCGGUUUUAGCACCAGUUGAUCAGGCUCGCGUGUUUGUUUUGUCGGUCACACCCCUCAUACACUUUAAAGACCCUGUUUGACCAGCAACUGGAUCCUUGAGGCACACAGGCAUUGGGAAACCACUGGAUUAGGCAUUUGAUGGGUAACACACCUUGGGACACAAACAAUUACAUGAAAGCAAUCCUGGGCUCCAGUGAUCCUGCACAUCAGAUGAGGUGGUGGUAGUGUCAGAGGGAUCGUUGUCGGAGGUGCAAAAAAAAAAAAAAUAAUACUGAGCCAUAAAUAUUAAUCUAUGUGGUGUGAUCUUUUACAACAGGCUAAUACAUAACAUGUU